AUGUGUUUUUGGUCCAUUAUACAAUGUUUAAGCAUAGCAACUGUUGUAACAGAGAUAGGUUCCCAUUUUGCUGCUGAUUUUAGAUAUACUUUGGUUUAUCACCAAGAACAGAGAAAUUAUCAGACAGCCAGCGAUAUUUGUAGAAGUCAUGGUGGAACUCUUCCCAUUAUCAAAAAUUAUAUUAUUCCUGAAAUCAUUGCUGAUAUUUCAUCUUUAAGAAAUAUAUCCGUGUGGAUUGGUUUGUCAAACGUAAAUAACACAUGGAUGUGGGAUGAUGGUACGGAACUGACGUCAUCCCCAUGGAAACGAGCGCCACCGUUAGAUAGAUGUAUGUCUGCAAGAUUAACAAUGGACGCAAUUCUGGAACCAAAGUUUUGUGACAAUAAGUUACCGUUCUUUUGUCAAUACAAAACAGGUAGCUGUUACUUUAGAAUCUAUAACCAAGCAAGUAUUGUUGGACAUAACAAAUUCAGUUUGACCAGAACGAGUCUUGAGAGAUGUAAAGACGUAUGCAGUCAUGUGACAGAAUUUGAGUGCUGGUCUUUUGAAUACAAUACAGUAAAUCAAUUUUGUCAACUCAACGAUGUUAAUCGAUGGACAGCAUCGGAGAGCUUUGUAUAUUUUGACAAAAGUUGGGACUAUUAUCAUAAAACAUGUUAUACGUCGACUAUAUUAUCCGAGGAUUCAGACCAAACAACUUUUAUGGCAUACCAGAGUACCACAAUGACAAUGCCUACGAAUACAUCAACAAGUGGCCAUGAAGUGGACAUGUCGUUGUUGGAACCAAGACGAUAUGUGUUAUAUAACAUAAGCUUAUCAUGGUCUGAGGCUGAAAAAUAUUGUAAAGAUAAUGGCGGCCAUCUGGCUAAAUUAGAUGGACCAUCCAAUAUACCAGAAACAGGAUACCAAAGCAUUGUUAACAUGAAUGAAUUGUUUUGGAUUGGCCUUAGGCGAACAGAAAACAUUGGAUGGCAUUGGUAUAACAAUACUGAUCUGGAAUGGUCAAAUUUUAAGUAUAAGCCUAACGAAUUUGACUAUAUCAAAGUAUGCGGUGCUGUGUCAUUGUCUAGUGGUUGGUGGUAUAACGAAGUUUGCGAUGAAAAGAAAAGAUUUCUUUGUCAGUACCCUAAAGAGUCAUGUGAAUUUAUCAGAACUGCUAAUGCAAGUAUCAUGUCAUACAAUGAAGAAUUAUAUGACGAUGUAUCUGCAAAUUAUUGCCAGAACAAGUGUAUAUCUGCCAAGUUUUGUCUCUCCUAUGAGUACAAUACCAAUAGUAGGGUAUGUCAAAUAAGUCAGGAGAACAGAUGGACUGUUGAACAAAAUAUACAGACUGCUAAUGCAAGUAUCAUGUCAUACAAUGAAGAAUUAUAUGACGAUGUAUCUGCAAAUUAUUGCCAGAACAAGUGUAUAUCUGCCAAGUUUUGUCUCUCCUAUGAGUACAAUACCAAUAGUAGGGUAUGUCAAAUAAGUCAGGAGAACAGAUGGACUGUUGAACAGUAUUAUCAUACAAAUUCUGUUAAUUGGAACUAUUUUCAUAGACGCUGUAGUUUUGGAUAUGAUACGGUCAAAGAAACAACUACCUUAAUGUCUACAACAGAAUCUAUUACGACUACAUUUAUUGGAUCGACAAAAAUAAGUGAAAUCUCCACGACAGAUGACAUAAUGACUACGUUAGAUCCAAUAGCGGAAAAUGAAAGAAUGUUUCAAGAAUUAAAACAAGAAAUGAAAACAAUGAGUGACAAAAUAAAAAAGAAACAAUUAGAAAAAAGUAAAACAAGUGCAGAAGAUAACCGACCUUCUGCAAAAGGUGUUGGAAUAGUAGCAGCAGUAAUUUUAAUUUCAAUAUUUGGAAGUGUAGUUUUGAUGGAUAUUUCGACUAUAGGUGUACAAUGUAAAGAGAUUUCAAAAAGAGAAGCACGGAAAAACAGGCGGUAUAGAAGUAGAAAUGAAUCCUCAUUUCAUUCACAUAACAAUAACAAUAAGAAUCAUUUUGAAGGAAAGAAUAUAUCGUGCGAUCCUUCUUCCAAAAUUUGUAUCAAAACUGAACCAGCUUCUGUAGAUUCUAUUGAUAUUUCUGUUAUCAGUGAUGUAUUUGAAAAACAGGAAGUUGUCUCGUUACAUUGCAAAAAAGAAGUAAAAGACGAUAGUUAUAAACUUCAUGAAACAAAGAGUUCAAUCGAAGGACAAGUCUACUAG